UUUUUUUUUUCGCUCUUUACUUUUGUAAUACACCUUCAACACCUUAAUUACAAACAAAAAUGGCAUCAAAAAAGAGACACAUGAUCCGUGGUGGUACUGAUCAAGAAGAUGCCUCCAUUUUAAAAUUGGGUCCAGAAUUCGAUAAUGCUCAGUGCUUGUAUAUUUCUGAAGUUCGCAUUAUUCUGGAAGCUCAAGAGGAUUCAAAGGAAAAUGGAACCGUAAACCGACCCAGCACAAACGUAAUGUCAAAAACAUUAGAAUACGUACGCGCUUUUAGUAGAUUCAGUAAUAUCGAAUCUGUCCGUGAAGUCAGACAGGUAUUGUUGAAAGAGAAUAUGGCACAAUUUGAAGUGGCACAAAUUGCCAACUUGUGUUGUGAGGAUGCAGAAGAAGCAAAAGCAUUGAUUCCCAGUUUGGAAAAUAAAGUUGAAGUACCCGAACUACAAGAAAUGUUGAGCCAAAUGUUGACUAUUAAGAAGUUCCAAGGUUAACUCUUUAUUGUGUGUGUAUUUCAAUCGUGUAACUUUUUUUUUGUU